GUUCCAGGCUUUCAUACAUUUUACUUAAAAUAAACCCCUCGCAUGAGAUAUUAAUUGAUGUAACUCAUCACUACGGCUUGUCAUAGUAGUUUGAACGACAUCACGUUACACUGCCAAGCUAACGAAAUGCUACAAUUAGCCUGAGGAGUCCAGAGUCAUAUGACAAUAGACAACAUCACCAAGCUACUGAAGAUUACUUGGGUUACAGAAUCUGACAUAUUUGUAUUAAAAUAAAGUAUCUGGAUCCAGGGUCAAGAUGAACCUCGAACGGCUUCCGAAUGAGGAGAAGCUCAGCCUAUGCAGGAAAUAUUAUUUAGGUGGUUUUGCAUUUCUCCCAUUUCUGUGGCUCGUCAAUGUCGUUUGGUUUUUCCGUGAGGCUUUUGUAAAGCCAGUCUACAACGAACAGCUCCAGAUUAAGACCUAUGUGAAGCGGUCAGCAUUGGGGUUACUGCUUUGGACGGCAGUUCUCACAACUUGGAUUACUAUUUUCCAGCAUUUCAGAGCAGAGUGGGGGGAGGUGGGAGAUUACCUCUCUUUUACGAUUCCACUGGGCAUUCCUUGAGACAUUUUUUGACAGCAGAUCUUUUGAAAACAAUGAUAUACUAAUAAGGAAAAAUAAAUGUUCCUUUUUUUAACUACAGUGUAAGACAAGGUAAAUACAGUAAACAUAGAAAUCAAAAGCCAUGUUCUUCAAAGAUGCAUGCUUUAGAAAUUCCUGCUUUCAAGGAAUUUGAGAAUAUCCUUUGGUUGAAGUGUAAGCUAAUCAACCCUGCUGACAAUGUUAUCUAUCAAUGUGCAUUCAGGUUAGUUCACUGAACAAUAUUCCAGGCAACCUUUUUUUCCUGACUAAAAAAUCUCAAUUCUGUAUGAUUGUGCACCCAAAAAGAAUUUUGUACUUGUAUAUGAUGAAUAAAAAAAGUCACAAAGCUA